GGGGAGUAAAAUGGCGGCGGGGCCGGAGCUGCUGAGGCGGUGCCAGUGAAGGGUGGGGGUGGGAGCUCGGUGGGGUGUCGGAGAGCCCGCCCUCGGGCCGGGCUGUUCCGUUCUGUUACGCCUCACCUUAGUUCACCUCCCGCAUGCCGCCGGAGCCGGGGGUUCUCGCCAUGGCCGAGGCAGGAGUGGGGAGCGCCGAGGGGGCUGAGGAGGAGCGGCGGGCUGGCGAAGGCAGAGUGAAGAAGUCUCUCGUCACAGAGUGCAGGAGGUAGACGUUCUUCAGGGGGAGAGCGAGCACCUUGGAAUCACCUAGUCUCAUAGUGAGAACUAUUUCAGAAAGCCCGAAGGGAUUAUUUUAAAGCGUUCUUACUGACUUCUCAGAGCUGACCUAGCUUCAUGAACUGUUUUUGUCUGCUUCUUGUUCAGAAGCGGUUUAGGAAGCAGGCUGGCCAUCUGUGUGCAAAGGAGUAUUUAGAUAAUUUCUCAAUAGAUGGAAGCCCGUGCAUUGCUUCUAGAGUCUCCAGCCUCAUGAAUCCAAUAACUAAGACUGCUACCACUUCUUUCAACGCUUCUGUGGCUGAGAUUCCAAGGAAGCGCAAAGGAAGUGAUUCUGAUAACCAGGACACAGUUGAAGUUGAUGGUGAUCCUCAGAAAAGGAGUGAAGAUGAAGAACAUCUUAAGACAAAAGAUUUCAGAGAGGCUCACAGUCAAACAGAGAAACGAAGAAGAGACAAAAUGAAUAAUUUGAUAGAGGAAUUGUCUGCUAUGAUACCCCAGUGCAACCCCAUGGCACGAAAACUAGAUAAACUUACAGUUUUACGGAUGGCUGUGCAACACUUAAAAUCUUUAAAAGGUUCCACUAGCUCUUAUACCGAAGUUCGAUAUAAACCUUCAUUUUUAAAGGAUGAUGAGCUCAGACAGUUAAUCCUUAGGGCAGCAGAUGGAUUCCUGUUUGUGGUUGGAUGUAACAGAGGAAAAAUUCUGUUUGUCUCAGAAUCAGUCUGCAAAAUACUAAAUUAUGAUCAGGCCAGUUUAAUUGGACAAAGUUUGUUUGAUUACUUGCAUCCGAAAGAUGUUGCCAAAGUGAAGGAGCAACUUUCAUCUUCAGAUGUCUCUCCCAGAGAAAAGCUUGUAGAUGGCAAAACUGGCUUGCAAGUACACACAGAUUUUCAAGCUGGACCAGCUCGACUGAAUUCUGGCGCUCGACGUUCCUUCUUCUGUCGGAUAAAAUGUAGUAGGACCGCAGUCAAAGAAGAGAAGGAGUGCUUGCCCAACCCAAAGAAGAAAGAUCACAGGAAAUACUGUACCAUUCACUGUACUGGGUACAUGAAGAACUGGCCUCCUAGCGAGGUGGGAGUAGAAGAGGAAAAUGAUGUAGAAAAGGACAGUAGUAACUUUAACUGUCUUGUUGCAAUUGGGAGGUUACACCCUUACAUUGUUCCACAAAAGAGUGGAGAGAUAAAAGUCAAAGCAACAGAAUUUGUUACACGAUUUGCCAUGGAUGGAAAAUUUGUUUACGUAGAUCAGCGUGCAACAGCAAUUUUAGGGUAUCUGCCACAAGAGCUUCUAGGAACUUCUUGUUACGAGUACUGCCAUCAAGAUGAUCACAAUCAUCUAGCUGAAAAACAUAAAGAAGUGUUGCAGAAUAAAGAAAAAGUAUUUACAAAUUCCUACAAAUUUAGAGCAAAAGAUGGGACAUUUGUUACUUUAAAGAGUCAGUGGUUUAGUUUCAUGAAUCCAUGGACCAAAGAACUGGAGUACAUUGUAUCAAACAACACUGUAGUAUUAAGUCACAAUGAGUCUGCUGAAGAACAGGUACCCUAUGCUUCCCAGCCUGCAGAAGAUGCUGUUAAACAAUCUUUAGUGAGUGUACCUGGAAUGUCCUCUGGAACGGUUCUUGGUGCUGGCAGUAUAGGAACCGAAAUUGCAAAUGAAAUAUUAGAAUUGCAAAGGUUGCAUUCUUCACCACCUGGGGAGUUAAGUCCAUCACAUCUCUUGAGAAAGUCACCUUCUCCAGCUUUAACUGUAAACUGCAGCAAUGUGCCAAAUAAGGAGUUGAUUCAGUUAUGUCCUUCAGAAGCAGAAGUUCUACAGAAUUCAGAACAAAAUCAGGGUGCUAUUCCAUUUCCUAGUAAUGAACCUCUCCUCAGUGGUAAUUCUCAGCUGGACUUCGCAAUAUGUGAAAAUGAUGACACUGCUGUGACUGCUCUUAUGAAUUACUUGGAGGCUGAUGGAGGACUUGGAGAUCCAGCUGAGCUCAGUGAUAUACAAUGGGCUCUCUAGUUUUGCUUUUUUUGAAAUAAGGAGGAAUUUUAAAUCCUUAAUGCACAACAACCAUACAUCCUCAGUACUGUAUUAUGACUUUUUUAUUGUUGCAUUUGAAUUCAUACAUACUAUCAAUAUAUUUUUAAAGACUGAAGCCUUGUUCACAGAGAGACGGUUUCUGCUGCAACUAUGGAAAAAUGCAGUAUUUUUUUUUAUGAUGUGGAACCUUGAAGUUUUAAUACCAAACUAUCUGUAACUGGAAUGCUUAAAACACAGCUAUAUUUUUUCUAAGAAGCUUUAACCAAAAGGUACUGUACAAUGUACAGAAAUAUUUUUUCUUAGAUUUAACGCUUUUAUUUAUUUUUUUGUUUCAAACGAGAAUAUUGAUUAUCUGUGUUACUUUCUCUAGAACCUAGUCUACUUACAGAAUCUAAAAAUAUUUAUAACUAUUAAAUUUCAUUAAAAUGAUAAUAUGCACACACUACAGUUGUAAAAUAAGGUUUUGUAAUUCUUAAGUGAUGCAGUUUGUGAUUCCUUGCUUUUUCAGAAGUGCAGUUUUUGUAGUCAAAAGUGAAAAUGCAGUAUACAAUUCUGCAAGCAAGGAUUAGACCAUCAUACCAAUUGGAAGAAAAAGUUGUGAGAAAAAUAAUUUCAAUCAUCUGCCAGUACACAAACAUGAUAAGAGUAUGAGGAAAGAGAAACAAAAUCUUUGCUACUUUGUAUUAUUCAUAAAGUAUUAUUAGAGGGGCAAUGCAUGGAACCUAAGAAAAGUAAUGCUAUAACUGUAAUAAAGCACUUUGGUCUCAUCACAAAUUAUUUGCUAACUAGAGAAUUUUGGAUAGAUUGUCUUAGUUCCAGAGUGAGGAUAGCAUUGUCUAUUAGUGAAAAAUGUUAAAAUUCUGUAGAAUCUUUUAUAGUAUCUAUGUUUUGGAGAGAUUAGGUGAUUUCAUAUUUCUUCAGUCUGUGACUUUUUAAAAUACUUGUGUAAUAUAGUGCUAUCUGUAAGUAAACGCUAUAUAGAAUGAUCUUCUUCUGAGGAACAGCUUUUCCAAGACCUGUAUACCAGUUACAGCAGAUUACUCAAGAACAUGGCGUUAAAUAGGUUGCUUUAAAACAAUAUAGCAUUAAUAUAUAAAGUGGAUCUUUUUCUUUCUGAUAUUAAAGGUAUAGAUAAAUGUGUGUAUCACUUAUAUAUCAUAAAAGCACAGAUUUUUUUUUAAUUAAUUCAGGUUAUGAAAGGAAAGCCUUCAAAGAUGUUUGAUAUAUGUGCAUCUUUGUUUAAUACAAACAUUAAAACUUGACCACAGGUACCGCCAUAAGCACUCUUAAAUUUGUUCGAACUGUAAAGAUGAGCAAUCGGCAGCCCGUUUCAGAUUUUACAAAGGCUGAAGUGUGAACAAAAGGUAACUUCUCUAAGUAGCCGCCAGAUGUCAUGCUUCUACUGUUGGAUGACUACCCUUUCAUGAAUGAAUACAAAAUUUUGUCAUACAUUGACUUGUUAUGCUUUGACAGAGCAGCUUUAUAUCUUAUAGAUAUGGAUUGUUUCAGAAAUGAUGAAUUUUUGGUGACAUCUUGUACAAGUUUCCUAGAAUGGCUUGUUGGAUUUAUUUUGUUUUUCAGUCUGUAGAUAUUUUGCACUGAACUUGCAUGUCAUUUCCUGCAUUCACAGUUUUUUAAAGACAUGGGGACAAAAUUACUUGUUGUUUGGCUUUAUUGGAAUAAACUGUUCUGUUUCUUCACAGAAAAUGAAUUUGGGACUAUAUCAUAAAGCAAAGUGAGAAGAAUAAACAAGCAUUUUCUAAAAAUCGAUCGAAUUGUACUUGUACAUCUGUAAAAUAAGAAUUGUAAUUUUUGCCAUUGUGAAAUGUAUUUUCCCUUUUCUAUGUUUUUGACCAUUAAGGUAAAAAUCAAUUAUAAAUAAAAUAAGAAGUACUGUGGCUAGCACAGAGAAAUAAGUAAAUACAUGACUUAAUAUUGCACAGACUCUUUACAACAUGGUUUGUUUUUUAUUCUGGAUUAGUUUGAAAAUGGUGUAGAUGUUAUUGAAGGAGCAUAAUACUUAUUUAACAAGAUCUGUAUAACCUUCCAGAGUUAAACCACUGGUUUGGAUUCUUACUGCAUUUUCCUAAAAAUAUUAAUAAGAAUAAUUAAAAAAAGUAACAGUCAUUUGCAGUCAGUGAUCAAUAUUGUAUGUCUCAAUUCAUUUUUAGAUUUUCCCUUUAAUGUUUGCAAAAUUUUCUGGUUUAAAGAAGUCCUAGAACAAAAAGUGUCAUUUGAAAAUAUUUAUGACGAAUAAAGAGGUGACAUUUUUAUAUACUUUUGAAUACA